UUUGUGUACUGACUGACUGAACUGACUUUCAACAAUUUUUAAUUUACAUAACAGCAUAAGCAGAUUUGCCAAACGGAAAUUUUAAAGCUCUAAUUGCUGAAUUGGGAAAGUGAUUGAUUCGUUAAUGUCUGAAUGAAUUGAAAGUGUGAAAAAAAUGAGCACAUCUGAUCGAAAUGUAACGUCUCGUACUGAGUUGUGGAACUUAUUUGAAAACCAUUUUCCAUCAAUUGUCGAGCAAUUGAUAAAAGCACCCCCAUCUCUCAAUGGAGAUAAAGAUAGCAGUAUUAUGUGGAGUUAUGAAAGAAUUGAGGAACUUUUGAACUACAAUGCCAGAUCCGGGAAGAGGAUGAGAGGUUUGGCAACUGUGUCAACUUAUCUUCAUAUUAUGGGGAAAGAUAACGUAAAAGAAGAGGAUCUAAAAAUUGCUUUAUCUCUCGGAUGGGCAAUUGAAAUUAUGCAAGCUUCAUUUUUGGUUGCUGAUGACAUUAUGGACCAAUCACAAACGAGGCGUGGAAAACCAUGUUGGUAUAAGAAUGACGGUGUUGGAUUACAGGCAGUGAAUGACAGCAUGGUAUUGGAAUCAUGUGUGUUUCUUCUGUUAAAAUAUCAUUGUAGGCACAAGCCAUACUACGCAGAUUUGGUGGACUUGUUUCGCGAGGUUAUGACAUUCACCGAGCUGGGACAGAGUUUGGACAUGGAAACUUCAGAGAAACCUGAAGUUGAUUUCACUUAUUUUACUAAGGAACGUUAUUAUGCAAUCAUCAAAUAUAAAACAUCAUUUUAUUCUUUCUAUCUUCCUAUUGCUUGUGCACUCUACCUGACUGGAAAUGCAGAUGAAACGACGUUGAAAAAAUCGUGUUCUAUUUUAACAGAAAUGGGCUGUUAUUUUCAGGUACAGGAUGAUUUUAUAGAUUGUUAUGGAAAUCCAGACAUAACAGGAAAGAUCGGAACUGAUAUAGAAUCGAAUAAAUGUUGCUGGUUAAUCGUAAAAGCACUUGAACUCUGUUCAUCCGAACAACGACAAGUUUUACAGAAAAACUAUGGAAAGUGGGAUAAAGAAAAAAAGCGAGCUGUGGUGGAUGUCUACGAGCAAUUAAAUUUAGAAUCUCAUUACCACAAGUACGAAGAAGAGACAUAUGCUAAGUUGUCGACAGAUAUCAGAGAAUUCAAUCAUCCCAAUAUUCCUAGAGUUGUGUUUUUAGAACUUUUAAACAAAAUUUACAAACGUAAAAAAUAGUACAAAUCAUCUACAAGGUCAGACCCAUCCGAAUCACGACUUACAUUUGUCACCAUGAUUGCACAUGCACAUAUCUUUAAUAAAGACCUGGUCUUGAGGAAGUGCUACACAAAAUAAUUGAAAACCCUUUUCGACUAUAUGUGAUUGCAUUGUUCGAUUUCAUGUUAUUCUUAUUUUAUUUUACAAAUCAUUGAGCACAGAAGAUAUUGUUGAAAAUAUGAAUGUUAUUUAUAUAAAUAAUUUACAAAUGAAGAAUUUUAGCAAUGUUAUGAAUUUGUCGCAUAUGACAUGGACUAUUUUGCAAUGUUAAAUUACACUCAAAGGUGGACCGUUGUGAAAAAUUGUUUUUGGCUAGUCAAAAAACUUUGUGCGAACAAAUUUUGGACGUCAAUAUGACAAAUGAACAAUCAAUCUUCUUCAAAGUGUUGCUUGCUCUAAUUAUUGUCAAUAUUGCCGUUUUCAUACCCUUGCCGAUUCAUUCACUGAUAAUCAAAACACCCAAUUUUUGCGAAAACUUUGUGUACACACACAAUUCAAAGCAUCAUAGUAGUUUUAAAUAUUAAUUGCCAGAAAUAGUGCUUUAGUGCUAAUUGUUCAUCAGUAAUCACACAGUGUCACUUAUCACAAUUAGCAUGUCUUUUUUCCCUGCUCAAGUCAUAGAAUCUACUGCCAAACAACAGUAAGGAGUAGAGAUGGAUGUAUGGUACUAAUUAAUUGUCAUUCGAAUGACCUCCUGCAUUGAGUUCAAGAUAUCUAUACGUAACUACUGGGUGACCAAAAAAUAACCCAGAUCCUUUGGAACAUAUUCUAGAGAAAACACCAACUUUUGUGCGUUCUAUAUUACUGACAAUUUUGGGUACAAUCAUACCCAAGCGGAAAGUGUUAAAUUUUCGGGACAAAAAUUGAUCAGCUCUGUUUUUUGGAGUCACCGCAUGUCAAAUGCUUUACAGAAAAUUGUGUAAAUGCAUCCGUGCAAGGAUUUACAAGGAAAAAAUCUAUUUAGAUUGUUCUAUGUACUCGUUUUGUAUGUAAUUUGCAUAUGUGUGUCAACGUUCUUGUACAUCCGUAACAUCGGCCAUUUCUGGUGUAUCAAAUCGCUGUGAUGGAUGUAUGCAAUUCUUUUUCAAAUAUCUUUAUUGUGAAUUUGUGGCCAGUGUGUAUUUAAUGGAAUGUAAUUUAUUUGUCGUUUUCAAAAACAAAAUGUAAUAAUGUGAGAAUUGUUGAAGAAUUUUUAAUGUGAAGAUUUGCACUGACAUAGUAUAAAUUAUUGUGUUGAGCUGUUAUUGUCACUUUGAAAAAUCAAACAAUUUUCAUGCAACACCAUUUUAAUGGACCAUCAUUAUUAUAUUGGGUUAUCGGGCUUAACAAAAACGUGCUGCAGAGUUUAGAUCCUGAGAUUUUUGGUGAUUUUGUUUCUACUUCUGCAAAUCGCACCAUUCAGAAAAGUAUACCUACCUAAUCAAAGAAAAACUAAAACAUAAUCUCUACCUAUACAUAUUAUGAUGGUGCUUAAAAUGUCAUGGGUUAUUACUUGAACGGCCAUAGAUCUCUAUAAUUUUCUAUUUUAAUAAUGUUUAGUCAUUGCCAGAAUCUCGAUUUCUGUGUUUUAUAUCAGGUUGGGCCAAAAAACAUUUUUGGCCCACCCAUUAUAUCAACCUAAAUAAUAUAUCCUUAGUCAUAUUGUAUUGUCAUUUUUGACCAUGUGUACCUCUAUAUUUGUUUAAAAAUAUUAUUUUAUCCGAUUUUAGCAUGAAUCUGACAUGUGAUCAAGUUUUAAAUGAGAAUAUUGAGCAAAUAAUUAAAUAGUAAACCAGG